CAUGCUGGUCAUCAUGCUCAACUGUGUGACCCUGGGCAUGUUCCGGCCCUGCGAGGACGUCGAGUGCCGCUCGGAGCGCUGCAGCAUCCUGGAGGCCUUUGACGACUUCAUCUUCGCCUUCUUCGCGGUGGAGAUGGUCAUCAAGAUGAUCGCCCUGGGGCUGUUUGGGCAGAAGUGCUACCUGGGCGACACAUGGAACAGGCUGGACUUCUUCAUCGUCAUGGCAGGCAUGAUGGAGUACUCUCUGGAUGGACACAACGUGAGCCUCUCGGCCAUCCGGACGGUGCGCGUGCUGCGGCCCCUGCGUGCCAUCAACCGUGUGCCCAGCAUGCGGAUCCUGGUCACGCUGCUGCUGGACACGCUGCCCAUGCUCGGGAACGUUCUCCUGCUCUGCUUCUUUGUCUUCUUCAUCUUCGGCAUCGUGGGCGUCCAGCUUUGGGCCGGCCUGCUGCGCAACCGCUGCUUCCUGGAUAGCACCUUCGCCAGGAACAGCAACCUCAGCUUUCUGCGGCCUUACUACCAGCCGGAGGAGAGCGAGGAAAACCCCUUCAUCUGCUCGUCCCGCCGGGACAACGGCAUGCAGAGGUGCUCGCACAUCCCCCGCCGUCGAGAGCUGCGUGUGGAGUGCACGCUGGGCUGGGAGGCCUACGGGCAGCCACAGGCCGAGGGCGCAGGUGGCACCAGCCACCACGCCUGCAUCAACUGGAACCAGUACUACAACGUGUGCCGCUCGGGUGACUCCAACCCGCACAACGGGGCCAUCAGCUUCGACAACAUCGGCUACGCCUGGAUCGCCAUCUUCCAGGUGGGCUCUGGGUCUCCCCCGCACUGGGCGCCCAGUGUGCAGGGCCUGUGGGCUGGUGCCCUCCUAGGGCCGUCCGUGUGUCCAGCCGCCUCCCCCCCUCAGGUGAUCACGCUGGAGGGCUGGGUGGACAUCAUGUAUUACGUCAUGGACGCCCACUCCUUCUACAACUUCAUCUACUUCAUCCUGCUCAUCAUCGUGGGCUCCUUCUUCAUGAUCAACCUGUGCCUGGUGGUGAUCGCCACACAGUUCUCGGAGACGAAGCAGCGGGAGAACCAGCUGAUGCGGGAACAACGGGCCCGCUACCUGUCCAAUGACAGCACGCUGGCCAGCUUCUCGGAGCCAGGCAGCUGCUACGAGGAACUCCUCCGGUACGUGGGUCACGUGUGCCGCAAGCUGAAGCGCCGUUGCCUCCGCCUCUACACCCGCUGGCAGAGCCGCUGGCGCAAGAAGGUGGACCCCAGUGGCGCGCCACACGGCCAGGGCCCUGGGCGGCGGCCACGACGGGCAGGUGGGCACGCCACCUCCAUCCACCACCUUGUGUACCACCACCACCACCACCACCACCACCACUACCACUUCAGCCACAGCAGCCCACGCCGGCCGGGCCCCGAGCCAGGCUCCAGCGACACUAGGCUGGUGCGAGCCGGAGCGCCACCCUCACCUGGGCGUGGGCCCCCUGACGCCGAGUCAGUGCACAGCGUGUACCACGCAGACUGCCACGUGGAGGGGCCGCAGGAGAGGGCCCGGGCGGCGCACGCCACAGCCGCCGCUACUGCCAGCCUCAAGCUGGCCACCGGGUUGGGCGCCAUGAACUACCCCACCAUCCUGCCCUCGGCCACGGGAGGCAGCAGAAGCGGCCCCGGGCCCAAGGGGAAGCGGCCCAGCGGACCCCCAGGAGCCGGAGGGCGUAGCCCCCUGAGCCUAAGCAGCCCCGACCCCUGUGAGAAGAUCCAGCACCUGGUCGGGGAGCACGGACUGGGCCAGGCCCCCAGCCGCCUGUCGGGCCUGAGCGUGCCCUGCCCCCUGCCCAGCCCCCAGGCGGGCACGCUGACCUGUGAGCUGAGCAGCUGCCCGUACUGCACCAGUGCCCUGGAGGACCCCGAGCUGGAGUUCAGCGACUCGGACAGCAGAGACUCGGACAGCAAUGGGGUCUACGAGUUUACACAGGAUGUGCGGCACGGGGACCGCCGCGACCCCAUGCAGCCGCCCCCAGCAGGGGACACGCCAGGCUCGGGAGGAGCGCGGCGGAGGGCGCAGCGGCGGGCGGCGGCGGGUGAGCAGGGCGGACUGGGCCGCGUCUGGGCCUCCUUCAACAGCAAGCUGCGCCGCAUCGUGGACAGCAAGUACUUCAACCGCGGCAUCAUGGUGGCCAUCCUCACCAACACGCUGAGCAUGGGUGUCGAGUACCACGAGCAGCCUGAUGAGCUGACCAACGCCCUGGAGAUCAGCAACAUUGUGUUCACCAGCAUGUUUGCCCUGGAGAUGCUGCUGAAGCUGCUGGCCUGUGGCCCGCUGGGCUACAUCCGGAACCCUUACAACAUCUUCGACGGCGUCAUCGUGGUCAUCAGCGUGUGGGAGAUCAUCGGGCAGGCGGACGGCGGGCUGUCGGUGCUGCGGACCUUCCGGCUGCUGCGGGUUCUCAAGCUGGUGCGCUUCCUGCCGGCGCUGCGGCGCCAGCUGGUGGUGCUCAUGAAGACCAUGGACAACGUGGCCACCUUCUGCAUGCUGCUCAUGCUUUUCAUCUUCAUCUUCAGCAUCCUCGGCAUGCACCUCUUCGGCUGCAAAUUCAGCCUGAAAACAGACACUGGAGACACAGUCCCCGACAGGAAGAACUUUGACUCCCUGCUGUGGGCCAUCGUCACCGUGUUCCAGAUCCUCACCCAGGAGGACUGGAACGUCGUCCUCUACAAUGGUAUGGCCUCCACCACCUCCUGGGCUGCCCUCUACUUCGUGGCCCUCAUGACCUUUGGCAACUACGUGCUCUUCAACCUGCUGGUGGCCAUCCUGGUGGAGGGCUUCCAGGCGGAGGGUGAUGCCACGAGGUCUGACACAGAUGAAGACAAGACGUCUACCCACUUGGAGGAGGACGUGCACAAGUUUAGAGACCUCAGGGCCACAGAGAUGAAGAUGUACUCGCUGGCAGUGACCCCCAAUGGGCACCUGGAGGGCCGGGGCAGCCUGCCCCCUCCCCUUAUCAUGCGCACAGCGGCCACACCCAUGCCCACCCCCAAGAGCUCCCCACACCUGGAUGCAGCCCCUGGCCUCCUGGACUCGAGGCGUGGCAGCAGCAGCUCCGUGGACCCCCAGCUGGGGGACCAGAAGUCUCUGUCCAGCCUCCGCAGCUCACCCUGUGCCCACUGGGGCCCCAACAGCGCCUGGAGCAGCCGGCGCUCCAGCCGGAACAGCCUGGGCCGCGCACCCAGCCUCAAGCGCCGGAGCCAGUGCGGGGAACGUGAGUCACUGCUGUCCGGUGAGGGCAAGGGCAGCACCGACGAGGAGGCCGAGGACGGCAGGCCCGGGGCCCGGGCCCCAGCAGGCGCACGGGCCACACCACUGCGGCGCGCUGAGUCGCUGGACCACCGCAGCACACUGGACCUACGGCCGCCACGGCCGGCCACCCUGCUGCCCACCAAGCUCCACGACUGCAACGGGCAGGUGCUGGCCCUGCCCGGUGAGUUCUUCCUGCGCAUCGACAGCCACAAGGAGGAUCCAGCCGAGUUUGAUGACGAUGUGGAGGAUAGCUGCUGCUCCCGGCUGCAGAAAGUGUUGGAGCCCUACAAGCCCGAGUGCUGUCGGAGCCGUGAGCCAUGGGCCCUGUACCUCUUCUCCCCACAGAACAGGUUCCGAGCCUCCUGCCAGAAGAUCAUCACUCACAAGAUGUUCGAUCACGUGGUCCUGGUCUUCAUCUUCCUCAACUGCAUCACGAUCGCCCUGGAGAGGCCCGACAUCGAGCCCGGCAGCACCGAGCGCGCUUUCCUCAGCGUCUCCAACUACAUCUUCACGGCGAUCUUCGUGGUGGAGAUGAUGGUGAAGGUGGUGGCCCUGGGCCUGGUCUCUGGUGAGCACGCCUACCUGCAGAGCAGCUGGAACGUACUGGACGGACUGCUGGUCCUGGUGUCCCUGGUUGACAUCGUCGUGGCCAUGGCCUCGGCCGGUGGUGCCAAGAUCCUGGGCAUCCUGCGAGUGCUGCGCCUGCUGCGGACACUGCGGCCCCUGAGGGUCAUCAGCCGCGCCCCAGGCCUCAAACUGGUGGUGGAGACCCUGAUAUCAUCACUCAGGCCCAUCGGAAACAUUGUCCUCAUCUGCUGUGCCUUCUUCAUCAUCUUUGGCAUCCUCGGGGUGCAGCUCUUCAAGGGGAAGUUUUACUACUGCGAGGGCGCCGACACCAGGAACAUCUCUACUAAGGCCGAGUGCCGGGCCGCGCACUAUCGCUGGGUGCGCCGCAAGUACAACUUCGACAACCUGGGCCAGGCACUGAUGUCCCUGUUCGUGCUCUCAUCCAAGGAUGGCUGGGUGAACAUCAUGUACGACGGGCUGGACGCCGUGGGCAUAGACCAGCAGCCGGUGCCCAACCACAACCCCUGGAUGCUGCUCUACUUCAUCUCCUUCCUGCUCAUCGUCAGCUUCUUUGUGCUCAACAUGUUCGUGGGCGUCGUGGUGGAGAACUUCCACAAGUGCCGGCAGCACCAGGAGGCCGAGGAGGCGCGACGGCGGGAGGAGAAGAGGCAGCGGCGCCUGGAGAGGAAACGCAGGAGCACUUUCCCCAACCCAGAGGCCCAGCGCCGGCCCUACUACGCGGACUACUCACCCACACGCCGCUCCAUCCACUCUCUGUGCACCAGCCACUACCUGGACCUGUUCAUCACCUUCGUCAUCGGCAUCAACGUCAUCACCAUGUCCAUGGAGCACUACAACCAGCCCAAGUCUCUGGACGAGGCCCUCAAGUACUGCAAUUACGUGUUCACCAUCGUCUUCGUCUUCGAGGCCGUGCUGAAGCUGGUGGCGUUUGGGUUCCGGAGGUUCUUCAAGGACAGGUGGAACCAGCUGGACCUGGCCAUCGUGCUGCUGUCCAUCAUGGGCAUCACGCUGGAGGAGAUUGAGAUGAGCGCGGCGCUGCCCAUCAACCCCACCAUCAUCCGCAUCAUGCGCGUGCUGCGCAUCGCCCGCGUGCUGAAGCUGCUCAAGAUGGCCACAGGCAUGCGGGCCCUGCUGGACACGGUGGUGCAGGCGCUGCCCCAGGUGUCCAGCCAUCCAUCAUCCAGCCCUCCUGGCCAGCUGUCUGUACACCAGCCCAGCAUGUUUCUAUGCACCCAGCUGCCUCCCCAGGUAGGGAACCUCGGCCUGCUUUUCAUGCUCCUGUUUUUUAUCUAUGCUGCCCUGGGAGUGGAGCUGUUCGGGAGGCUUGAGUGCAGUGAGGACAACCCCUGCGAGGGCCUGAGCAGACACGCCACCUUCUCCAACUUCGGCAUGGCCUUCCUCACGCUGUUCCGCGUGUCCACGGGGGACAACUGGAAUGGGAUCAUGAAGGAUACGCUGCGGGAGUGCGCCCGUGAGGACAAGCACUGCCUCAGCUACCUGCCGGCCAUCUCGCCCAUCUACUUCGUCACCUUCGUGCUGGUGGCCCAGUUCGUGCUGGUCAACGUGGUGGUGGCCGUGCUUAUGAAGCACCUGGAGGAGAGCAACAAGGAGGCCCGCGAGGACGCCGAGCUCGACGCGGAGCUCGAGCUGGAGAUGGCGCACGGGCCCUCCAGCCGCCCCAGGCCCGCAGCCCCGCAGAGCCCGGGCGCCUCGCCGGACGCCCCCAACCUGCUGGUCGUUCGCAAGGUGUCUGUGUCCAGGAUGCUCUCGCUACCCAACGACAGCUACAUGUUCCGGCCCGUGGCGCCUGCUGGGGCCGCUCACCCCCACCCGCUGCAGGAGGUGGAGAUGGAGACCUACCGGCGCGCCUCAGGUCGGGUCAGCUCCGCCCACUCACCACCCGUGGAGUCCUGCCCCUCUCUCCAGGUCCCGUCGGCCUCCCCUUCCAGGGGUGGUGACACCCUCCGUGCCCUGACCCCACGGGGUGCAGCCCGAUCCCCUAGUCUCAGCCGGCUGCUCUGCAGACAGGAGGCUGUCCUCACGGAGUCUCUCGAAGGGCAGGUCGAUGGCCCCAGGGAGAGCAGCCCAGGCUGGGGAGAGCCUGGCAGGAAGACACCUAUGAGACAGGCGUCCCUAGGGCCCUCCUUGAGGUCCCCACCCCGCUCCCCGCGGCCCAGCAGCAUCCGCGUCCGCAAGCACACUUUUGGACAGCAUUGCGUCUCCAACCAGCAGCCGACUCUGGGCGGGGAGGAGCCUGAGGCCCCAGACCCAGCCGAUGAGGAGGUCAGCCACAUCACCAGCUCUGCCCGCAGCCCCUCGGCCUCUCCCACUGCCCGCAGGGUAGUGGGCGGUGAGCCAGACCUGCACAGGCUCUACAGUGUCGAUGCCCAGGGCUUCCUGGACCAGCCAGGCCAAGUGGACGAGCAGAGAAGGCCCUUGGUGGAGCAGGGCUGCGGGGACAGCCGCCCAGAGGCCGGGGAGGUGAAGACCCGGGCCCUGGAGGCCGAGCUGGCCCUGGGGGCACGCAGGAAGAAGAAGAUGAGCCCCCCCUGCAUCUCCAUAGAGCCCCCCGCGGAGGACGAGGGUGCAGCCCGGGCCCCUGCAACGGAGGGCAGUAGCACCACCCUGCGGCGGCGAACCCCAUCCUGCGAGGCUGUGCCCCACAGGGACCCCCUGGAGCCCGCGGACAGCACAGGGUUGGAUGCUGCCGCCAAGGGGGAGCGGCGGGGCCAGGCCCCUUGCCGCACAGAACACCUGACCGUCCCAAACUUUGCCUUUGAGCCGCUGGACGUGGGGGACCCCAGGGGGGACCUGUUCUUGGGUGGUGGCCACGGUGUCACCCCAGAACCUAGACCUUCCUCCUCAGGCACCACAGCACCUCCCGAACCCCAGCAGAUGGAGCUUCCGGUGCCCUCGGGAGACCCCCCAGAGGAGGGGCAGGGGCUGCACCUCACAGUCCCUGAGAGCCCACCGAAGAAAGAGCCUCCCCCAGCCACCCCAGUCCCGGGUGACAGCGUGGAUGAGCCCGUGUAGCUUGGGGUGCAGUGCCCACAGGCUUUGGCACUGGGGUUGGGGUGUGCCCGGCAGGGUGGUGGCCCGGGCGGGGCUGUGCGUGGACCCCGGCUCUGGCCCCACGGAGGGCAGAGGAGCUGGAAGGAUGUCAGCCCGGGGAGAGGGAGGCAGAUGCUAUUCUGGGCAAAGCGGAGUGGGUGUGGGAGGUGGGGGGCCACGGCCCAAAGCCUCCAUCCCGUCAGUUCAGGUUUGGGAUUUCCAAGUUUGCCGCCGUGGUCCCAGGCUGUGCCGGUGGCCUGGUCGGCAGUCCCAUAACGAGAGCUGCGUCCAAGGGACAAGGAUCGGAAAACGACCAAAAGGAGGAAGGCAGAGGCCACCCAGCAGAGUCCCAUCCUCACGUUCACUUGGUUUUUAUAGGGAACACGCUUGGGGCCGCUUGUGCCCUCUGGUGGCAGCUUCUUCCCCGAGGCCGCCGUGGCCACGCUUCACAUCACUCACAGUCUGAGUUCUCAUCCUUGUGUCUCUGCCACUCAUCGCCGUCUCAUCCCCCCUCCAUAGCCACUCCCCACCAUUCUGGCCCCCUCAUGAUUCCGGAGGACACCCUUGACUCUGGUCUCUGGGAAACGGCUGGUCACCAGGGAGUGGGGACCGUGCAAUAAGACCCCCACUGCCCAUGGGCCUCAGGCCGAGAGUCUCGGCUGUUGCCCCCUUGUUUCAUUUCGUUUCUUUUAUAAAUUCAGGUUAAACGUUUGCAAUAAUCUGAUGCAGAAAACUCGGCUUUUCAAGUCAAGGGGAGGGGAGGGGGGCAAAGCAGAGCGGAAUAAAC